AUGGGGAAGGAGAAGAAAACAGUAAAACUAGAAAAACAUGAACCAGACACACGUUCGAUCAUCGUGGGCGAAGUAAAGAAAUCAGUUCCCAGGAUAAGAAUUGUCAAGUCAAAGGAGAAGAUUAAAACUGUCACAUCAAACGGCAGAUCCAUCACAGACAAGGGUACAACCACAUGUGAGACAUCAGGGAAUAAAAUGAGGCUUUGUGUCAACUUAAUGCCUGUUUUAGCUUCAGCUAAGGAGCCUGUGGAGCAGGAGGAGGAAGAGAAAGAGAAAGAAGAAGAUAUCAGCUGUACAAGUGAAGAGGAACCAAAAGCCGGCAACAAAAAUGACCCAAUUGUCACCACAUUAGUGCAACAAAUACUUGAUGCAAGUGAUUCUUACACAGGAUUAACCUGGGACAGAGCCACUGAGACCAAGCAAUCACCAAGUCCCCCGUUUGUGCUGCCACCUAUAACUCAGCCAAAACCAGCUCCUGACUGUUGUGAUCAUCAGAAGAUCAAGAGGUUCCUCACACCUCUACCCCCCAUCAGUGUGUCUGAGACAACAGCGACAAAAACAAUCUCUCCAAACUUGACAACUAAAGGCUGUGGAGGCGAUGCACCAGUUACAGGACAAGAGUCAGACAGCAGGCCCUGGAUAGAUAAUCCCCUGUUUUCUAAAAGUAGAUCGCCUGAGUUUCGUCUCGCUGACAUCUCCUUGUCCAGUCUGGACACUCUGCUGCAGACGGUCACACAGAAACUGGGGAGGAGGAAGAGAGGCAGUGGUGAAGGACCAUGGAGACAAGUUCAGUCUGAUCACCUCAUCACGUCUGUUAGUGAGCAACAUUUCACAGAGCCGAGAGCCGGGCAGCAGCCCGACCCAGUCAACAUUGGAGCAGCAACAGGAACAUCAGGGGGUGGACACGGUGUAAACAGACAAAGGAGCCUCCCUCCGCUUUUUCCUGCACCUAAACCCACGCUCAUCCUCACAAUGACGAAGACAAAUCUCCUGACUCCCACCACGCUGCAGUGA